AUGGAUUCGGGAGUUUUUUCCACAGAAACAGAAGCGUACUUGGAGAAAGUCCCGGAGACUACUUCAGAGAAAAUCGGUCAUUUUCUUCACUCAAGUACUUGCCACUUGAUUGUUAUCGUCCUGGUUUUGGUGGACUGCGCAUUUGUCCUGACGGAGCUGAUUUUCGAUGGGAAGCUGGAUACGUAUGAUGAGUACUGCAACCCUACUCCUUCUUGUUCCGAACAGUCGCACAAACUUCACCACUGGGAGCACGUGACUCACGCUAUCCACAUUUGCAGCAUACUCGUCCUUUCCAUUUUCAUGGCCGAAGUCGUCCUCAAAAUCGUCUUCACGCGCGCUCAUUUCUUCAGCCACAAAAUUGAAAUGAUCGACGGGGUCGUCGUUUUGCUCUCUUGGAUACUCGAUCUGAUCAUGCUCAACCCAAAUCUUGUUGGAAAAUGGGCGGAAUUCAUCAUCGUUUUUCGAUUCAUACGGCUCAUCAACGGAAUGAUUCUUUCUGCGAAACAAGCAACGGACAAACGAGUUCAUGAACAGAAACGAAAAGUACAGCAGCUGGAGAAAGAAGUUGAAGAUCUGAAAAAACAGUUAAAAACCAUUGAACAAUAA